AAUAUUUGAGCCAUUCUCUUAAUUACGCCUGCAGUUGAUGGAUUGUUGCUAAUUAGAUUUUUCGCUGCAUAAUCAGGCGCGUCUCCGGCAGUUUGUCUGCAUCAAAUGAAACAAUUUCUUGCUCCAUAGGCUACAUCCAGGGUAGGAUCUUUCUCCAGCUGAGGCUUUUUGUGCCCAAAACCUUCAUAAUAAAUCUGCACAUUACUACACCAAAACCCAGAAGAAGUACCCUAUUCUUGUAUACUUAUGGAGUUUCCUUUAAAUUUUCUUAUUUCCCUCUUCCUCCUUUCACUAUCAACUCUGUUCUUCCUCCUCUGCCGCCGUAGAGAGUCCGCCAUAACCGGCAGGUUCCCUCCAGGACCACCGAGAUGGCCAAUUCUUGGCAACCUGUUUGAUCUUGGUGCCAUGCCACACCGGACCUUAACAGACUUGAAACAAAAAUAUGGUGACGUUAUAGGUCUAAAGCUAGGUGCUAUAAACACCACGGUCGUCCUUUCGGCUAAGGCUGCUUCUGAGUUCUUCAAGAACCACGAUCUCUCAUUCGCUGAACGUACCAAAUACGAGACCAUGCGUGUCCAUGGCUACGACCAAGGCUCCUUGGCUCUUGCCCCUUAUGGUUCUUACUGGCGUGUCCUGAGGCGUCUAGUCACAGUAGAUAUGCUGGUAAACAAACGCAUCAAUGAAACAGCCUUCAUACGAGAGAAAUGCGUGAAUGAUAUGGUGCAAUGGAUUGAAGAAGAAUCCCAGAAAAUUGAGAACAAGACUCGUGGGAUUCAUGUAUCAAGAUUUGUGUUCUUAAUGGCUGUUAAUUUGCUGGGAAAUCUGAUGCUUUCGCGUGAUUUGGUGGAUCCAGGAUCAGAGGAAGGGUCAGAAUUUUUCACAGCAGUAAUGGGAGCAAUGGAGACUUCAGGGUAUGCAAAUGUCGCAGAUUAUUUUCCAUGGUUGAAGUGGCUAGAUCCUCAAGGGUUGAAGAGAAAGAUGGAGAGGGAUCUUGGAAAAGCUAUGGAUUUUGCUUCUAAGUUUGUGAAGGAAAGAGUUGAAGUGAAGAAGAAGAUGGUGGGAGACAAGAGGAAGGACUUUCUUGAUGUGUUGCUUGAGUUUGAAGGUAAUGGGAAGGACGAACCUGAUAAAAUUUCCGACCGAGAUAUCAACAUUUUCAUACUAGAAAUCUUUAUGGCAGGGACAGAAACCACCAGCAGCACCAUUGAAUAUGCAAUGACUGAGCUCCUACGCAACCCAGAGUCAAUGACCAAGGCCAGAGCUGAACUUGCUACUGUAAUUGGAGCAAACAGAAGAGUUGAAGAGAGAGACAUAGACAAUCUUCCAUUCUUGCAGGCUGUAAUAAAGGAAACGCUUAGAUUACACCCUCCAAUACCAUUUCUAGUUCCUCGAAGAGCAAUACAAGACACUAAGUUCAUGGGAUAUCAGAUUCCUCAAAACACACAAGUUCUCGUGAAUGCAUGGGCUAUUGGAAGAGACCCAGAUGUGUGGGAUGAUCCUUCGUGCUUUAACCCUGAAAGAUUCAUUGGGUCAAAAGUUGAUUAUAGAGGGCAACAUUACGAGUUGAUACCAUUUGGGGCUGGAAGAAGAAUUUGUGCUGGAGUGUCACUAGGACAUCGAAUGCUUCACCUUGUUUUGGGGUCUAUACUUCACCAAUUUGAUUGGGAACUUGGAAGCAACGUCAAUCCAAACGAUGUGGACAUGAGAGAUCGGCUGGGCAUUACAAUGCGCAAGUUGGAGCCAUUGCGAGCGAUUCCUACAAAGCGUAAUAUGCUGGACUGUCUAUAGAAAAUGAUAGAAAAUUCUCUCUUCAAUAACAAAUUAAGGAGAAAAUCAUUCUGUUAUCCCAAUAAGAAAAAUUAUAAGCAUCUCGAGUCAUUUGGUGACAAGAUAAAUACAGUUCAAUAAUUUUCUUAAGGAAUAGAGAAGGGAGUCCAAUUUGAGACUUCCAAGUCUACCCAUGUAUAGUUAUUAUCAGAGGAUAUACUUAUCCUAUAUAUAUAUAUUUUAUAAUAUAAUAUUUUAAUUAUAAUUUAAAUUCUAUUUGUAAAUUUAUGUAUUUUCUAAAAAGUAUAAAUUACUG